AUGCGUAUUCGAAUUGUUGCUGCUCGUCGAGAAAGACUUCGAAAGCAAAGAGAAAAGGCACAGAAGAUUCGAGAUGAACGAAAACGAGCUCGAGAAGUCCGCGAAGAGAAAUGGACCAUUAAAAAUGAGCACAUUCUUAUUUCCGAGCAUCGAAAACAUCAACGAGCCAAAUAUGUGACCGAUGUUAGAAAACAAUGUGAAAAUAUGAUGUUAUUGCUCGAAUCGGAUCAAAACGAAAAGAAGAAACGAAAAGAAAUUUUGCGAAAAGCAAUUGAUGAAGAAAUUGCGAAUAUGGAUGAAUUCAUCGAGGAAACAAUAAGAUAUUAUGAUGAAAUCCACGAACAAGUGUCUCCUCCGGAAGAAAAAAGUGUUGAACAGAUUGUGGAAAGUAUCGAAAAAGAAUUGAAUGAGGUAUUUGAUAUAUUCUCAAAAAAUCUAAAAUUCGAUCCAAAAGUUCCGGAAAUCGAUGAAGAAGUCUCGGAAAAAAAUAAAAUGUUCGAGGUAUUCUAA